CUAAUUACUCCUUAGCUCCCAGACUAUCUGAAAUACUUGAAAGGGUACGUCUUAAUUCAUAAACAAGAGUGAGAUAAAAUUUUACCUCAUCAGCGAUGGGCGAGAGAAUCAUAAGUAUUGAAGAUUAUUGUCCAGCAUUGUCUAAUGAGCUGACUGUAGUUUUACUUGGAAGUACUGGGAGCGGCGUAAGUGCAACUGGAAAUACCAUCCUGAAAAGCUCUGCCUUCGCCUCAAAACGCAGUUUGAGUUCAGUUACACGUACUUCUGAAAUGGAGCAAUCUGUCGUAGAUGGCAGAGUUGUGAAAGCUAUCGACACUCCUGGACUCAUUAAUUUUUCACUUGGAGCUGAUUUCGUCAUCAAUGAGAUUGUUAAUUGUAUUAAAUUAGCGAAGGAUGGGAUCCACGCAAUUGUUGUGGUUUUAUCUCUUAAUUCCCCUUUUAGGAAAGAGGAAGCAACUGCAAUCCAAAGCCUAAAGAUUCUUUUUGGAGCUAAUAUUACCAAUUAUGUGAUCAUUGUUUUCACUCAUGAAGAUGAACUGGAUGAUGAUGAGACAUUAGAUGAUAUCUUGGCUGGUGAAUGCAAUCAGCCUUUGAAGGUAGUUCUUGGCUCUUAUGAAAACCGGAUUCUGGCUUUCGAUAACAAAACCAAGGAUAAAGAAAAAAGAGAUUAUCAAGUGAAGCAAUUUUACUCCCUUGUGGACAAGGUGUUGGCCGAGAAUGACGGAAAAUCAUAUAAAAACGAGCUUUUUAUAAAACUGCAUGAACAAACUGACAAGGCAUAUCAGGAUCGGGUCAAAGAAAUUAAAAAAGAGGUUACUUUAAAGCUUGGAAAAACAAUUUCUAUGCUUAAACAACAGAUGGCAGAAGCUCAACCUAAACAAGAGGAUGUUAGAGAGACACGGGCACUUUGUAAGAAACUUAACGAGUGCAGAGUUUUAUGAGAUAAGCAGUCAUGUUAGCGAGUCUUAAACAUAUUCCUAUACAUGUUGAAACCUAUAGAUAAGAAACUUCUAAUUGAUCUUGCUGUAUUAAUUAAAUCAUCCACGGACAAAGUGCUUGUAUCCUGUUAGCAUAGGCAGGACUGAACCAACGGAAUAUAUAAUUAUGUUACAUGGUGUGAAUGUGUAAUUCA